CAAGGCGAGAUCCAUUCCCCAGGUUUGUCUGAGCUACCGCAACCGACCGUACCGUGAAGCGACAAAGAGGUUCCGCCCCACGACGACCCUUCGCUUACACAACCCCGCCGCACAUUCGACGACCGAGCGAACGAAAAGGACGAAGCCAGAUAUACCCACUCACCCGCCUCUCUACUCUAUCUACCUACCAGACGAACAAUUCGGGAGCUCGCUGGCCCGCGUGCCGCCAAUCGGGGCCUCUCCCCCCCGUCCCUCUAAUGCGCCCAUAGUAGAGGAAACAUACGUCGUCUUCAGGCUCGUAACGAUCCGCCAUCGCCGCACCAACGGUCCCCACAAGCUACCAGCGGGGGCGCACUGGCAGUAGGUAGCCAGCCGUCCGAGAGAACCCCAGAGCACCGGCUCCUCCGCUUUAAAAUAGGGAGAGAAACAGAGAGAAAGAGAGAGAGAGAGAGAGAGAAAGGGAAACGACACGAGCACACACCAGGACGGUUUCGAGAGGGCGGCCUAAGACGCGGCGGGACGAGCGACGCAGCUAGCUGCCACGGGGAGAACGAGAGGGGGAGCGAGACCAUCGAAGGGGACAGAGAAGAGAAAGAGAGAAGAAGAAGAGGGGGGGGGAGAGAAGAGAAGAGAAGAGAGGGUCAAGAUGUCGUUCGACCAGCCCAUGCCGCCCUUCAACGCGUCGGACCCGAGCGCCACCUUCCUGAGCACGUCGUGCCUCGACUUCCUGAUGAUCGAGCUGGUGCCGAUGGCGUACCGCGUCGCCAACGAGCUCGACGCGCCUCCGUCGUCUCCCGCGCCCGCGCCCGCGUCUUCUUCCGCCUCCGACCCGCCGCCGCCGUCCUCCGCCGCCGCCGUCGUCCUGUCGCCGCCCCCCGACGGCAGCGGGGAGCCGCGCAAGCUGGACGAGGACGAGGAGCGCGACGCCGUCUUCUUCCGCCUCGAGGCGCUGGGGUACCGCGUGGGGCUCGGCCUCGUGGAGCGCUUCUCCCGCGACCGGCCGCGCUUCAACGACGCGCUCGACGCCAUCAAGUUCGUCUGCAAGGACCUGUGGAUGCUCGUGUUCAAGAAGCAGGUCGACAACCUCAAGACGAACCACCGCGGCGUCUACGUCCUGACCGACAACGCCUUCCGGCCGCUGUCGCGCAUGAGCACCGACGCGGGCGGGCACGCCGUCGCCCGGGCGCAGCCCUUCCUCUGGUUCCCCUGCGGCGUCGUCCGCGGCGCCCUCGCCGCCAUGGGCAUCGCCGCCACCGUCCAGGCCGAGACCAGCGAGCUCCCCGGCGCCGUCUUCCAGAUCAAGACCGCCCCCGCCAAGCCGCCGCCGCCGUCGUCGCAGUGAUCGGCACAUGCACACACACACGCACACACACACACAUAUAUAUAGAUUCUUUUUUUUUUCAAAAAAAAAAGAUUUAAUAAUUGCGAUUCGUCACCAACGACGGUGGCGAC